AUGCCUGCUCUUGCGAGUCCAGCCUCGUUGGCUCCGGCGAUUAUUCUACUGUUGACGUUUCUGCUGGUUCGCGCCGUCGUGAGAAGUCGCAAAACCGCUCACAUCCCGAGCGUACGGUAUGGCCAGAUACCAGGUUUUCGAUCAUGGCAGGGAGCGUACGCGUACUUGCGGGACCCGGAAGCCACGCUCAAGGAGGGUUAUGAGAAGUACCCAGAUGGGUGCUUCAAGGUGGCAACAUUGACUAGUGAGUUGAUCAUAGUCAGUAGUACGGAGAAGCUGGGCGAAUACCUAGCCGCGCCAGAUUCGCAACUCAACGUUCAAGAUGCUAUCAACGAAGGCAUUCAAUUCCAAUGGACCAUGGGUCCUGGGGUAUACUUCCGCCCGUAUCACAUCCCGAUCGUACGUGGCAAGAUGACGCAGAACAUCGCCAACAUGGUUCCUGCAUUGCAAGAAGAGAUCACUGGUCUGCUAGACGCAAGCAUUGGACAUCCUGCCGAUUUUAAGGAAGUUGCUAUCCAUGAUGUGACUAUUGAUAUCAUCGCCAAGGUCGGCAAUCUUGCUCUGGCUGGGCCCGUUGUCGCCCACAACCAGGCAUACAUAGAUGCAGCUAUCCAAUAUACUUUGGAUCUUAUGGUGUCAGCAGAGUUCUUGCGCCCGACCCCAGUUGUGGCAAAGGACUACGUGGCGUACCUUACGCCUGCCUAUCGAAGCAAGAAGAAAUGCGAGAAGAUGAUUGGUGGCUACAUACAGGAACGUCUGAAGGCUACUGACGCUGGUGAGGCGAAGACACAGGAUAUGUUGCAAUGGCUUAUCGACUCGGCGCCACCUGAAGAGCGAACAAUGCCACAGUUAAACGAAAGGCUACUAGCAUUGAAUGUCGCAGCCAUUCAUACCACCACAAUGACUUUGACGAACGCCAUCUAUACUCUAUGCACAGAACCUGAGAAAUAUCUACCCGCUCUCCGCGAAGAAGUACACCAGCACAUACCAGACAGCCAGUUCACCAAGGAGCGCAUCGACAGUCUGUCCAAGCUAGACAGCUUCUUUCGAGAAUGUGGCCGUGUCGGAGCCAUAGGCACGUUGGCUUCAGGACGUCUAGCCAGACAUGAUUUCACGUUCAAGAAUGGCACUGUCAUCCCGAAAGGGUACAUGGUCAGCGGAUCUAUCCCGGUCCUUCAUAAGCUGGUGUCGCCAGAGGAGGCACAAUUCGAUGGUUUCAGAUAUAGCCGGAUGGCCGAAGAAGGCAAGAAGCAGAUGCAAGCCGUCAGUACGAGUAACGACUACCUAGCUUUUGGCCAUGGUAGACAUGCAUGCCCUGGACGCUUCUUCGCAGCUAGCGAGAUGAAGCAAAUCUUUGCGAACAUGAUUGUGCGUUAUGACAUGAAGCUGACACUCGGCACCAAGCCGAUGCGGCUCUACAUUGGGCCCGCGAAGAUACCAGAGACGAAACUGAAGAUCCAGAUGAGGGCCGCUCAGUGA